AUGCCCUUCUUCAUGACCACCCUCGUCUUCGUUUCCACAAAAACAAGGAAAAACCAGAAGAUAAUGACGAACAACCUCAAACCACCCCAGCAACCCACUCCAGCAACAACACCAUCAACCGCAGCAGAAACGGGACCAGACGAUGAAAACGGCCAGGAUCGAACCAUCACGCUUAUGAGCAACUCUCAGCGGAACAACCCAAGCCAAGCAGGAUCGGAACCCACCUCACAUGGCUCCCCCCGGUCGAUCUUGUCAUGGCACUACAGCGACAUCGUCUCCAUCCCUAGCUCGUCCCGUCCCAGCAGUGAACUCGAUGACCAGCACGACUUCUCAGACCUAGACUUAUCAAGGAAUCCCUCACCGAUCCAAGCCGGAGAGGAGUCAGACGGCCCACACCAGACCAGCCACCAUCUGACCGCCGAGCUCCUCAGCGCGGUCACCGACCAUCUUGUCAUGCCCCGGCUGCCGAUGGUCCCUACCCCCUCGAACCACUCCAGUCGGCCAGCCAGCUGUCGGGGCCGGAGCUGGACAUCCGAAUCUGCCGCCUCGCUUCGCCAUCGCUUAGACCACCACCAUCCAUACAGACCCACUCGCCCCUCCGAUCUGCUAUCCAAACAAUCCGAACUCACUCUCCAUCCUCCAAAUCCUCCGCUCAAGCCGCUCAGGAUCCUCAUCGUAGGCGAUACCCAAAACGCGCAUGGACUCGGAUCACUCAAUACACAUCUAGCAGCACCAACCUCUCUCGCAUGUGUCGAUCGGACGGCUGCGAUCUUGCCUGAAUUCAAGUUCUCAGAUCCACAAACCUACAAUCAAUUGAUCCAGCACAUCGAAGCCCCACUGUAUCGGCUGAAAAGCCUACUGAAUCCCAAAGCUUGCAUUCGAUAUCAGUCCUCCUUGGCCGCGCGAGCACGUAACGAUUUACUCUGUCUGGUCGAACGGUGGAUCGAGAGAGAGGGAUAUCUACUCCUGCUGGUCGAGGUGGAUCUAUUUCCCGUCCCACCAGCGAGACUAGAAUUCCUGAGGACUCUCUCCCGAAUGAUCCCCACGAUCCCAUUCAUCCCAAGUACGGUAUCUCUCCCACAAGCGAUCGACGGCCAUGCAAUUCUCACCAGGCAACUCGCCGCCAACAGGCUCCGACACUUCUCGAUCCCGAAACCCUGCUCGCAAUCCUUCGCGCUUCCGGAGCGCGAAGAAUGUGCAAAGCGGAGCUCGAGAGCUUGCUUAGAUUGGCUGGCCGUCGAAUACGCCAGCAGUAUCAAUACUACUGCUAGUAGCAGCGAUAGUGGCAGUGAGCAUGACCCAGUGGUUGAAGUGGACCGUAGGUUAGAAGGAGAGGGGAACACGACGGACGACUUCGAGCCGGACAAGAUCUCGGAGCGGGUGAGCAGACGAGUGGCCAAAAAAAAGGGCCGAGUGGGGGCAGCGGAUAGCCGGCUGCGACGGAAGAACUCGAUGGCAGUCGCUGACGGGUACGGGCGCCGAGAGUGCCAGGCGGGGCUAUCCACCGGCGUCCUUGGCCUGCCCUCCCUGGCAGCCCUAGUCCAGCUCGGGCUCUACCACCUCCGACGAGACUGUCGCCGGCUCUUCAAGAGCCUCCUCGCCCGCCUCCUCCACUCUUCUGCCAACCCGAUCCUCAUCAAUCCAAACCCAUUCAUCCACGACCACGCCAGCCGGCUGAAGACCCCCACUCCUGAUCCAACUGUCCAACCCGCCCUUGUCCCUUCUCCUCCCUCUCCCCCCUCAUCAUCGCCAUCUUCUGCUUCUCCAACCACUUGGCUUAUCAUCGGCUUCCUGACCGCCACUACCGCCGCUACUUUCACUGUAUGGUGGAGACAAGGCUUGUUGUACUGA